UUCAGUUAUAGUUUGGAGGCGUGACUUCCGCGUGGGCGUGCGUUAGCCUCUCGGAAGUGUGGAGGUCAAACGCAUUUAGUGUUUCAAAAACGUGAGGCAACCUGGACGAUCUAUUCACAGAGUCGUGGCAGUAACCAAAGCCACAAUUUCCGUGUAGCUCUGCACCUUGCUGUUGACAUUUCUGUCUUUGGAAGUUAGAGACACGGUCAUAGUCGUCAUGUUUCAGUCUGUGCCCCGACGUCCACUCUGCGAGAUGGGUGUGAACACAGUCAGAGCUCAGGGUGCCAGGGGCUUUAGGAAAUCUGUAGAGUGCACUACAGCGAAGCUAAACAAGGUGCCAUGGCUGGACAAGAGCAUGGGUCUGUUCCUGUCUUGGCUUCAGAGAGCAGGAGUAGGUACUAACGAGGCCUCCAGGUCCAGCCCGUGCAGAAAAGGAUUACUAUCCAUCUUCGCGGACCAUUGUGGUUUUGUGACUGGCCAGAGACUGCGCCGUGCCUGCCAGAUAGGAGAACUGUAUUCCAACAUAUAUUCUGAACGGACAAAGUGGACUCUUGUGGGGAACAUAUGGCGCAGAUUUCAGAGCAAGCAUGCCCCAAGUGGAAAACUCAUUGCCGCCCUGGCUGGUGUCUUCAUGUGGGAUAAUGAGAAGAUUCAAGAUGAAGAGAUGCACAGAUGUGGACUAGAGCUGCAGACCUUGGACACUGCAACUCGUCUCAAUCCAUCUUCUGGGACAGUGACUGGUCAUUCAGAACCUGGUUGGGAAAUUGUAAUGGACAAGAAAGACUUCAAAGUGUGGAGGCGACCAAUCACCAACAGUCACCUGUAUGAAUACAGAGUGUUGGGCUCUUAUAAGGACAUUACCUCAAGGCAGUUCUUCAAUGUUCAGUUGGACACAGAAUACAGAAAGAAGUGGGAUGCACUUGUUAUCAAACUGGAAGUAGUCAGAGAUGUCAACACAGGGUCAGAAGUUGUACACUGGGCAACGCAUUUUCCAUAUCCUAUGUACUCAAGGGAUUACGUUUAUGUGCGUCGCUAUGAUGUGGAUGUUGAAAACAACCUGAUGAUUCUAGUAUCCAGGGCUGUUGAACAUCCUAGAGUUCCAGAGUCGCAGGAGUUUGUGAGGGUACACUCCUAUCAAUCAAAGAUGGUAAUUCGUCCACACAAGUCAUUUGAUGAGAAUGGAUUUGAUUACUUGCUAACUUACAGUGAUGAUCCACAAACUGUGUUUCCUCGUUAUUGUGUGAGCUGGAUGGUAUCAAGUGGCAUGCCUGAUUUCCUGGACAAGUUGCAUGCUGCUGCUCUCAGAGCCAAGAACCUGGAAGUAGGGAUCCAUGACUAUGCAGGAGUCAUAAAGUCCAGCGACAAAAACCGGCAGCCUUCCCAGGAGCGCCUUACUGGAGAAAAUCCACACUCAGGUGGCUCUGGGCAAAUCUAUGCUUAAAAUUAGCCUUUUUCUAUCUCAAGGGCAGUGUUUAUACAUCAUCAAACUCCUCCGUCUUUAACACGGUGUGGGUCGUUUGCUUGAACACAAGAUUAUUUCUUCAGUUUUGAGGAGAAAUUUGUUGUCAAUCUUACAGUUAAGUUGAGGGAACAUGUGGAGGUAUGCUCUGUCCAUUAUGCUGCCAUGGAAAAUCUGGUUUAAGACUUGUGAUUUUGGCAGUGUUCUAUUUACUCAGCCACUUAAUGCCAACAGUGCCAACAAGGUAUAAGUGUUAUUUUGGUUGAGGAAAUGAUGCCUGCAACUGCAAACUUUUCUAAGAUUGCGCAGAAAUUCCUACCUGUAGAAAUGCUAACGCCAAAGCACUGUGUGUUUAAAUGUUCUUGUCUUUUUUUUCUUUUUUUUUUUUUGCCUGUCUUUGUGACUAAAGACAGGCAGUCAACUCUGUAUAUCUAAUGUGAAUUCAGCCAUAGCAGCGGUUACUGUAUUGAAUUAAAAGCACUGUAGGUUUUUGAUGAGGGCGGGACAGUUUGUUGAAAGGCAAUGGUAAACUUGUUUUAAAGGUCAGUAUCAUCAGUAUCAUUAGUAUCAAGAAUACACAUGACAAAUGCAAUUGUUCAUAUUUGCAAAAAUAACCAUGUCUUGUACAUCCAAAAAUACUUUUCUCAAACACCAUCAUGAGCCUUUGACAAAGUAGGCAAUUCAAAAGUACAAUAAAAUCUGAUGAAAAGGAAAAUGCAUUUUAUGGACAUGGCAUAAUAAAAUGCUAUUCCAUUUAUGCCUGCCAAAUGCCAUAUGCUUGUACAUGGAGGCCUGUUUAGUAAAGAGCACUCAUCUCCUUUUACAUUUCAGCAAAUAGUAAAUAAAGAAAAUGCAUGUAUUUUUUCCCAUUUCAAUUCAUUAGUUGCCCAGUGACCAUGGCUGUAUCAGGCAUAACUGAUCUUUGCACUAUUUGACUUCAGGCGAGCACUGUUUUACAGUGCAUUCAUACAUCAAAUGCCAUGCGUUAGGGGUGGAGUGAAUGUACAAAAUGCACCAUGUUGUGUAAGUAAAUGUUGCCUAAUUUAAGAACAAUGUUUACAGCUAGUCACCGUUGUCAUUAUUUUAUUAGUGGUCAAUAGUUUUAAUCUCACCUUUUUUUUUUUUUAAACAAGAGCAUUUAUGAUGGAUAUUGUAGUAUGAAUACUUGGAUGAAGUGAAGUUUGGAAAGUAAAUAAUACAUUACAUUACAUUCAUUCUUUGUAAAUCUGUCAGUUUCAACAAAAGUGAAUACAGUGUAUAUAGGUACUCAUUAACAAGAAAGCUUUGACUGAAAAAAUAGCUGAAUAUUUGGACUCAUGCAGUGGUUAUGAAUGUAUUCAGAUUCUGUCUGGCAUCCACAAAAUAAGUUGACUCAUACUAUUAUGCAUUUGUUGAGCUCCAGCAGGUUAUUUGUUGUGAUGUGUGUCUUUUUGAUUACUUAAGAAUUACUUAAACUGUUAAUAAUUUUGCAUCAUGUGAUUAAACGGAUAUUGAAAUGGAAAACUAGAAAAUAAAUAAAAAAUCUAAUCAGUA